CUGGACGGCUUAAAGCCAAUCAAUGCGGUGAGCUCCAAAUUACAAGGGAAAGGCACGUCGAGAUGAGCUUGUCUCCACUUACGUCUCGAAAACGCGUGACAGUCACAGCCCGCCAGGGUGCAGUAUUCCUUCGUCUGGAGGACUGACUGAUCAGGCCUCACUGCUUGUUCCUCAAAGCUUGUCAGCUCUUCAGGGCUGGCGAUCUUCCAGGCCCCCACAGGCGCCCCCAUCGUACAUGCAGGUGCAUCCGUUGGGAUGUUUCAAUUGUAUGUAUCCUCACCAGUCCCAUGCACGACAAUGCAUGACACGAUGACACUCUCGUAAAAUCACGUGCGGCUGUCCGCUGGGUAAAAUAUCAUUGUGGGAUACACAUGUCUCGCUGCGUGUACUGCCUGUCUGCCUGCCUGCCUGCUUGUCUGUCUGUCUGUCUGUCUGUCUGACUUGGUUGCGUGUAGCUGGUGAGGUGAAGAGACAUUUGACCCUAAUGUACAAAGUGAUCGAUGCAACGUCCCGCGGCGAGAAAAAGAAGCCAUGUUGCCUCCCUCCCUCUCUCCUGUGUGUAUAAAAGGAAUACAUACCGACAUCUACGUGUAGGCAUAUCGGGGGAACGGACGGGCGAUGGGCCUGUAGUAAGGCCGGCCACCUGAGACACACACACACACGAACACAUGCAUAAACAUCCCGUGCCUUUUCAUUCGUUGGUCCCUGUCCCUCUGUACCGAUGGCAGUGAUGCAGGGGUACGGCCCACAUCGGUCAGUCCUCUUUCGGCCCCGCACGGUCCCGCGAACGGUAUACCGGCGGCGCCGCCGCUGCACCUGCAGCUGCCGAUUGGUGUCCGGUUCGUAAGUGACGCUGACGACGUUAUCGCCCUUCCCGUCCGUGAGUGUGUAGCCGUCCUCGCUGGCGACGAGAGUGGAGCCAUCGUGGAGGUUGAAUGUGUAUUUGUCGGGUGAUGAGACGACGGAGGCAAUGUAGUACAGGCCUUGCGUGUCGCUGGCGUGCUGCAGGCAGGGAGGCACACACGAACCCAUGUCGACGAAUGUCCGCCUGGGAGAGAAGGAAGCCUCUGUCAUGUACAGCGUAUUGACCGGUAUUAUGAGCGCAGUAAGUUUGUCGAACUCUUCUAGUCCGACGCCCAUCAGAUCGGGCAGCAGCCAACGCUCGAGGUCCUCCUGCACACCUGGCCAGGUGAGACGACAGAGGGACGCGUAUUCGGACCAAUGGAUGGAUGGAUGGAUAACGCUUACGGAUCUUGAUGCCUUCGCGGUGGGCCGCUGUAAGUGUGCCAUUGGCUGACACGCUGGUGUCUUUCAUGACUGCGAAAGAACGGAGAAUCAAUGCAUGCAUACGUCUUGUGUUGCGCCUAUCGGCUUACUGCCAACGCCAGCCACCACCAGCCCCAGCAUGAUGCCUGCCGUGGCAAUGUACCCGAGCACCAGCAGGAACACCGCCCAACGCAAACGAUUGUUGGCCGAACGCUCACGCAAAACCUGAGGAAUCACACGCAUCCAUCCAUCCACACAUCGACCGCUCAUUUCGUCGUGGGGGCCGCUGCGUUUUCUGCGUUUCUCACCUGUCGUGCGGCUGUACAAACAUCCUCGGGGCUGAACGUACCCUUUCCUGUCGUAUCCCACUCCUGACGACGACAGAGUAAAGCACAGAACAUCAGAACACGAUGCAUCAGGGCCUCAUCUGUGUUCCCGGAGAGCUUGCCUUCAGGAGAUCCACGAGUCGGUUCGCCUGGUCGCCCUCCUGGCCUUCACUCUUGUUGACGGCCUUCCUAAACUCCUCAGUGCGACUGGUGCUCACGGCCGCCAUUUUUGCUUCCC